AAUCAAAUACUACAUGUAGCCGAAAACGAAAACCAAAACAGUGGUUGAAUUAGCAGCACAAUUAGGACGGAGAAUCAGAGUCAGAAAGGACAUACCCUAUGCUGUUAGGGUUCAUCUUCUUCUUCAUUGAAGCCUAAGCUUCUUUCCCUUCUCCUGAAACCGUCUGUUUCCUUUCCAUUGCAGAACUAGAGAUGGGCAAUGCCACAGAAAAUGAGGAUGAAUCUGCUAAGCCACUGCCACAUUCUCCGGCCACUGACGUGCCGCUUGAAGCACAGCAAGUUCCAGUUGAACAACUUGACCAUGCUUCUCCUACUCGCCCGGUCCCCAGGGACCAGGAUGAGCCAUGCCCCUCUGAAAAUGGUAAUCUUCUAUCUGCAGCUCCCAAGGUUAAUAUUGUGGAAUUGAAGUCCGGCCCACAACAAUUUCACUUUGAGACACCCUCCAGUGAUAAUGGCUUGCAAUUGAAGUCUAAUCUUCAAAAAUCUCAGACUGAGGCAGCCCCCACUGAUAACAUCGUGAGCGAUCCUCCACAAUCGCAGACUGAUGCAGCCAUAAAUGAUAACACUGCUGAGUUCAAGGCCAAUACUCAACAACCUAAGACUGAGACAGUUCCCAACGAUAAUAGUGCAGAGUUGAAGACCAACAUUGAACAAUCUCAGACUGAAACAGUUCUUAAUGAUGACAGUGUGGGGUUGAAGACCAGUCCUCAAAACCCUCAGGCUGAGGCAGCUCCUAAUGGUAAUGAUGUGAACUUGAGGUCCAGUCCAAAGCAACAUCAUACUGAAGCAGCCCCCAGUGAUAAUAAAAGCGUGGAGUUGAAGGCAAGCUCUCAAGUGGAGGCAGCCCAUAAUGAUAAUGAUGGGAACCUGAGGUCCAGUCCAAAGCAACAUCUGACUGAAGCAGCCCCUAGUGAUAAAAGUGUGGAGUUGAAAUCAGCUUCACAUGAACCUCCACAAGGUUCUCCUUCUCCUUCCCCAAUUCCUUUAGAUGAUGAAAAAGGUUUACUCAAGCCUGAGACUGAACCUACUACAGAAGCCAAUGAAAUUUUUUAUUACAAAUCUAGAACAUGCGGUAUUGAUGGAACCACCAUGGGAACCAGUAAUCUUGAAACUUCCAAACUCACUGCCGAUGCCAAAGUUGAACCUUCUGAAGUACCAGAAAAUAAAUCUGACCAUAAUGCUGGCACCCUUCCUAAAAAGCAAAAUGAACCUGUUACACCUCAUGCAGGAUCUUCAAGCAUCAAAACUGAACUUGAGAACAAGAGAGAAUUGAAGAAUGAAAAGAAUAAAACAGAUAUUGCUACACCCAAAAGUAAUGGCAACUCAAGUUCAAAGCACUCGUUUCUUUUGGAUGAUGAUCAUGAUGGUAAUGAGUCGGGAACAGAGGAGGAGCAAUGGACAUUUAUGAAGGAGCUUGAAAAUUUCUUUAGGGAGAGAAGCAUGGAGUUCAAGCCUCCUAAGUUCUAUGGAGAGGGAUUAAAUUGUCUAAAGCUGUGGAGAGCUGUUAUGAGAUUGGGUGGCUAUGAUAAGGUGACUUCAUGUAAGUUGUGGCGGCAAGUAGGGGAAUCCUUUAAACCCCCAAAGACGUGUACUACUGUUUCAUGGACAUUUCGAGGGUUUUAUGAGAAGGCACUUCUUGAUUAUGAAAGACAUAAAACAUGUGGUGGUGAGCUUAACGUAUCCCUUGCUUCCAACUCAGAGCCCAUGAAUGUUGACAAUCAGGCGCCUGGAUCGGGUAGAGCCCGGAGAGAUGCUGCAGCACGUGCAAUGCAGGGUUGGCACUCACAACGUCUUCUUGGUAAUGGAGAAGUUAGUGAUCCUAUCAUUAAGGAUAAGAAUUCUCUGUCUUUACAAAAGCGUGAAAAACAGCUUAAAAGCUUAGGUUUACUUAAACGCAAGAAACCGUCUUACAUGGAACAUGCUGUUAAAGCUGCACGCACCAAAACAUCUAAACCACAAUUGGAUGUAGAGGUGGUUGACCUUGGACCUCCAGCUGAUUGGGUGAAGAUCAAUGUACAGAGAAUGAAAGAUUGCUUUGAGGUAUAUGCUUUGGUACCAGGGCUUCUUCGUGAAGAGGUUCGAGUUCAAUCAGACCCAGCAGGGCGAUUGGUUAUCAGUGGUGAACCUGAGCAUCCUGAUAAUCCUUGGGGUGUCACACCGUUCAGAAAGGUGGUUAGCUUACCCUCGAGGAUUGACCCACAUCAAACUUCCGCUGUGGUCACCCUGCACGGACAACUAUUUAUUCGUGUCCCAUUUGAGCAGUCAGACUAGAUAGGAGUUUCACAAAUGUCUAUUGUCCAUUCCCUCCAAUAUUUCUAUUAAGUGGGUGUGCCUACAUUUUUAGUUUUGAACUCUGAUGUAUGUUACUCCUAAUAGGUAAUAGAUUAUUAUAAUUUCUUAAUAUUUA